AUGAAUCAUUCUAUAGAUUAUUAUAAUGUUGAAUAACACAAGUUAUAUGAAUAUAUGGUUGGGUUAACACAAAAUGUUACAGGAGUAGAAAAGAUAGUAAUUAUAUGAAAUAAUUGAAGUUUACAGAAUUAAUAGCAUGCCUCCAUGAUUUUAGUUUGAAUAUAUCAAAUAUUGGGCAAAAAUUUCACUCUUAAAUUAGUAGUGGAAAUGAACCAGAUAUUUUAGUUUGUUUAUAUUAAUAAGUGAGUAAUUAUUUAUUACGAUUAUCUUAAAAUUGGGACAAUACCGCUCAAAAAAUAAAGAGUGAAAUUGCAGAGCCUUACACAUAAUUUAUUUUGAAUUUUAGAUAAACAAAUAGAAGUUUGAAUAGUGAAUCAAAAAAUCAAAUAGCAGAAAUAUCAGAAACAAGAAAAGAAAUGUGUAAAACAUAAGAAGAAUAUUGGAAAUUAAUGAAAUUAUUUGAGUAGAAAUCUUAAUAAGCUUAAUAAAUGAUAGAUCAUAUUGAAAAAGGAAAUGCAACUAAAGACGAUUUUCAAAAAUAAUUCAACAAUUCUUUAAGAAUAUAAGAACUAGCAGAUGGCAUGGAAAAAGACUAUAAGAAAUUAUUAUAAAUUACAAAUGAAAAAUGGAAGCAUUUUCAUUAAGAAUGGGAUAAAAUAUUUACAAAUGUUGGUUUAAAUGAAUAGAGUAGGUACAAAAUAAAUAAUGAUAUAGAAUUAUGUUUACAAAGUAGACUGUUAGUUCAUUAUUGAAAUUAUUGCCUUUUGAUUAAGAUUAAUCAUAAUUUGAAGAAAAAAUAUCUGAAUUAGAACUUAAGUUGAAAACAGAUCCAAAGAUACCUAUUAGAAAGUUAAUUGAAAAAACAAUGCAAACAUAAGAGGGUUGUAUGUAAUUUGAUUAUAUUCAAAGCAUUUAAAUUUUAAUUAGAAGAAUUUAUAAGUUAUGAAUAAUGGAAGAAGAAUCAUUAAAAUCAUGAUUAAGUUCAUCCUAUACAAUAAGUACAAAAUCAAUGGACUAUCGUGGGAGAUAAAAUUUCAGAAGAGGAAAAAAAGAUAAUGGAUAAAUAUUUAUAUUAAUUAUUUUAAAUUGAUCUAUCAGAUAAAUGUGAAUAAAUAAUAAAAAUAAAGUAGAUUUUAUAGAAAUCAUCUGGUAGAAAUCAUUUUAUAAAUUAAUUAAAUAAAUUACAUACUAAAUCAAUUUAAGAUAAAUAAGCAAGUAAAUUUAGUAAUAGUAAUCUUAGAAUUCUAUUUAACACUAACGACUGAAUAAUUUAUGGAGUUACUAUAAUUAAUAAGACAUUGGUUAAAUUAUGUAGAUUUGAAUGAAAUUUAUGAAUCUGAAGAUAUUUAUGAUUUAUUAUUAAAAGCAAUAAGAAUAGUAAGAAUAGAUGGUAAAGAGAGAGUCAAUUUGGCCUCUUAAUUAUCAGACAUUCCAUUAUGGACUAAAGUUGAUAGAUGGAUAGAAUUGUUUUAAUUCAUAAGUGCAAAAAAAGUUGAUGAAAAGAGAAAGUAGGCUUAAUCUAUUAUGUAAUAAACAUAAAGUACUAUUUUAAAAAAAGGUGUAAGAAUUAUAGGAAAAGGAUUGUCAAUGAUCAAAAAUUUUGGGACCUAAUAAUCAAAUUUGAUAGAAGUAAAUGAAAGUGAAAUUUGCUAUAUGAUAUUGGAUGAAAUUAAUUUAUUUAUCUAUUCUCUUAAAUUACCUUCAGAAAUAUCUGCAGAAAUUAUCAUUUAAAUAGCAUCUUAAUAAUAAUAGAUUGAUAAGGAUCAUGUAGUUAAAUUAUUAGAAAAAUAAGAAGAUUUACACAAUACCUAAUGGAAGAAACUUUUUAAAUCUGGUAAAGUUGUUUUAACACAUAAAACUGAAAAAUAUGAAAGAAAGAAAUUGUAUGAUUAUGAAAAUAAAAUUAUAUAAGGAUGUGGAGCUUGUUUAAAGUAUAUAUAUAAUUAAUAAUUAGAUUUUUAUCUAUUUAGGAUAAACCAUAAAAAUUACUUACUCUUAAUAGUAAUUUUAAUAAAUAGUUAAAACAUAAAAUUAAAAAAUUCUAUUUAGGAAAUUCAUAAGUAUUUUCAGAGGAAUCUACUCACAAAUUAAGAUUGAAAUUAAUGUCUUAAGCAUUAAAAUUGUAAUCAUUAAAUAUUGAUUAUGUUGAAAUGAAAACAAAAGUUGGAAUUGAAAUGGAUGUUAAUAAUCUUUAUGAAGAAACUAUCAAAUUGGAUGUUUAGAGAAGUCUUCACAUUCACAAAGACAAAAUUAAUUCAAAUGUACUUUAAAGUUUGUUAAGAAUUUAUGCCUUUUAUAAUUAAGAAGUUGGAUAUUGUUAAGGUAUGAAUUAUAUAGCAGGAUAUCUUUAUUUAACAUAUUAAGAUUAAGAAAUUGCAUAUAAGGCUUUUGAUAGAAUGAUGAAUCUCUAUUUUAAAGAAUUAUAUAUCAAUGACUUUUCAAAAUUGGUAAUAUCAUUUUUAUAUACUAGAAAACUGGAUUUUAUGCCUUUGAAAGAUUGUUAUGUAUUUUCUUACCUGAAUUAUCUCAACAUUUAAAAGAUUAAAAAAUUGAUGCCUCCUAUUAUGUUGCUUCUUGGUUUAUUACUUUAUAUUCUAAUGUAUUUCAAUAUAGUUAAAGAUCAGCUAUAUUGAAUGUGAUUUGGGAUUUAUUUUUAGCUGAAGAAUGGAAAGGUAAAAAUGAAUACUAAAAUAGGAUUUUAUAAAGCAACAUUUUAUAUAUUCUCAUUGAUUUAAUAAUAAAUACUAAAUCUUGAAUUUGAUGAGAUUCUUCAUUAUCUAGGAUAAUUAAUUAAAUCAGAAAUAUUUAGUAUAACUACUGAAAAGGAACUAAUUAAAUAUAUUUAGAAAUUUGAUAAAACUAUUAAAGAUGAUGUAUCAAUAAAAUAAACUAUCCUUUCACGAUUUAGAAUUACUAAUAGAAUGUUAAAGAGUCUUGAAUCAGAAUAUCACAGCUUUUAAUUAAAAUUAAAUAAAAAGUUUAAUUAAUGCAUGAAAAGAUGA